UGUAGGACGCGUUGGAACACCUCAUUUUAUGGCCCCAGAAGUCGUCAAAAGAGAGCCUUAUGGAAAACCUGUAGAUGUCUGGGGUUGUGGCGUGAUCCUUUUUAUCCUGCUAAGUGGUUGCUUGCCUUUUUAUGGAACCAAGGAAAGAUUGUUCGAAGGCAUUAUUAAAGGAAAAUAUAAGAUGAAUCCAAGGCAGUGGAGCCAUAUCUCUGAAAGUGCCAAAGACCUAGUCCGUCGCAUGCUGAUGCUCGAUCCAGCGGAAAGGAUCACUGUUUAUGAAGCACUGAAUCACCCAUGGCUUAAGGAGCGGGAUCGUUAUGCCUACAAGAUUCAUCUUCCAGAAACAGUAGAGCAACUGAGGAAAUUCAAUGCAAGGAGGAAACUAAAGGGUGCAGUACUAGCAGCUGUGUCAAGUCACAAAUUCAACUCCUUCUAUGGGGAUCCUCCUGAAGAGUUGCCAGAUUUUUCCGAAGACCCUACCUCCUCAGGAGCAGUCUCACAGGUGCUGGACAGCCUGGAAGAAAUUCACGCACUUACAGACUGCAGUGAAAAGGACUUAGAUUUUCUACACAGUGUUUUCCAGGAUCAGCAUCUCCACACACUACUAGAUCUGUAUGACAAAAUUAACACAAAAUCUUCACCACAAAUCAGGAAUCCUCCGAGUGAUGCAGUACAGAGAGCCAAAGAGGUAUUGGAAGAAAUUUCAUGUUACCCUGAGAAUAAUGAUGCAAAGGAACUAAAACGUAUUUUAACACAACCUCAUUUCAUGGCCUUACUUCAGACUCACGAUGUAGUGGCUCAUGAAGUUUACAGUGAUGAAGCAUUGAGGGUCACUCCUCCCCCCACCUCGCCCUAUUUAAAUGGUGAUUCUCCAGAAAGCGCCAACGGAGAUAUGGAUAUGGAGAAUGUGACCAGAGUUCGCCUGGUCCAGUUCCAAAAGAACACAGAUGAGCCCAUGGGAAUCACUUUAAAAAUGAAUGAGCUCAAUCAUUGUAUUGUCGCAAGAAUUAUGCACGGGGGCAUGAUUCACAGGCAAGGUACACUUCACGUCGGUGACGAAAUUCGAGAAAUUAACGGCAUCAGUGUGGCUAACCAAACAGUGGAACAGCUGCAGAAAAUGCUCCGGGAAAUGCGGGGGAGUAUCACCUUCAAGAUAGUGCCAAGUUACCGCACUCAGUCAUCGUCCUGUGAGAGAGAUUCCCCCUCCACUUCCAGGCAGUCCCCAGCUAAUGGUCAUAGCAGCACUAACAAUUCUGUUUCGGACUUGCCAUCAACUACCCAACCAAAAGGACGACAGAUCUAUGUAAGAGCACAAUUUGAAUAUGAUCCAGCAAAGGAUGACCUCAUCCCCUGCAAAGAAGCUGGCAUUCGAUUCAGAGUUGGUGACAUUAUCCAGAUUAUUAGUAAGGAUGAUCACAACUGGUGGCAGGGUAAACUGGAAAACUCCAAAAAUGGAACCGCAGGUCUCAUUCCUUCUCCGGAACUUCAGGAAUGGCGAGUCGCUUGCAUCGCCAUGGAGAAAACCAAACAGGAGCAGCAGGCCAGCUGUACUUGGUUCGGCAAGAAGAAGAAGCAGUACAAAGAUAAAUACUUGGCAAAGCACAACGCAGUGUUUGAUCAAUUAGAUCUUGUUACAUAUGAAGAAGUAGUAAAACUGCCAGCAUUCAAAAGGAAAACACUAGUCUUAUUAGGUGCGCACGGUGUUGGGAGAAGACACAUAAAAAACACCCUCAUCACAAAGCACCCAGAUCGGUUUGCGUACCCUAUUCCACACACAACCAGACCUCCAAAGAAAGAUGAAGAAAACGGAAAGAAUUACUACUUUGUAUCUCAUGACCAAAUGAUGCAAGACAUCUCGAAUAACGAGUACCUGGAAUAUGGCAGCCACGAGGAUGCGAUGUACGGGACAAAACUGGAGACCAUCCGGAAGAUCCAUGAGCAAGGGCUGAUCGCCAUCCUGGACGUGGAGCCACAGGCGCUGAAGGUCCUGAGAACCGCCGAGUUCGCGCCUUUCGUUGUUUUCAUCGCCGCGCCCACCAUCACUCCGGGGCUAAACGAGGAUGAAUCUCUCCAGCGCCUGCAGAAGGAGUCCGAUAUCCUACAGAGAACAUACGCGCACUACUUCGAUCUCACAAUUAUCAACAAUGAAAUUGAUGAGACAAUCAGACAUCUGGAGGAAGCCGUUGAGCUCGUGUGCACAGCCCCGCAAUGGGUCCCGGUCUCCUGGGUCUAUUAGGCCUCUCCCCAGAUAUCUGACGCCUGCCCGGGAGCCACCUCAUCCUUGGAAAAGCCUCUUUGUUAUCGGCCUUGUGUCAGCAGGUCAUGGUCCCUAGAGACUACCUAGUUGUAGUGUGACCUCCAUUUAUAAUUAUUGUCAUGUCCGAAUAGAUAGGAGGAGAAAACAAUUACACACUAAUUUAAAGAGACAGUAUCUUUUUUAAUCAGUUCUCCUAAACUUUAAUAAAAUGUAUCUUUAAAUGUAUGUAUUAUUCAAUCCUUUGGAAUGUUAUAUUUUUGGAAAUCAUAGCUUUUUAUUUCCAAGACCCCUAAAAACUGCACAAAAUAGAUGCUGCUUUCUAUAAUCUAUUUUAAUAAUAAACAAUGAUUCUGUUACCUUGACUGGGGGUGGAACACUACAUUCUUUUUAGAGUCUGAUUUUAUGGAUUGGAAUCUUUCUUUCCUUUAUUUAUUUGAAAUAAUCAGUCUAGUGAUUACAAAACAGUCAUAAAUUUUUAAAGACCUUUUUUCUUUUUUUUUUUUUAGACUAGUAUUUUUUUUUUAAGUCCUUUAUGUAACAUCCAGAUAAUGUGAUACUGUCUCUUUGAAGCACCCUGUAAACCUUUUAGAGAUUUGAAGUUGGGUCUUGACUCUUAAUGCAUGUGGACAGUCGCGAGCGUUUAUGCUGUCGGUGUGUCUGUGUUGGACAAAACAAUCUGUAAUCUACAGCAAAGUACAUUCCGUUCACGGGGCACACCCAGGGGAAUAAGAAUAAAAUGCUAUUAUGACUAAGUUGUAAACCUAUGCACAUCCCUUGCAUUUCGGGCAACUUUAUAAAGAAAACUGAUUUUUAUUAUUAAUAAUCAUGUAGUGAAAUGUGUUUGUAAUUUUGUCUCAAUUUAAUUUGUUGUAAGGUGGGAGGGGAAGUUGCUGGUUUCACCAUUUCAGAUCUGUGUUGUCUGAGAGUAUUAACGUUUUAAUUAAGCAAAGAAAUGAGGAUUUUUAAUAUGUAUGUAAUUGUUUUAAAGCACCCAUUUUAAGAGAAUAUACUGUGCAAUGAAGAAACCAGUUUAGGCAUUUGCUAUAAACUGAAUUAUUCCAAAAGAAGAUAACAGCCCUGUAAAUUCCUUUAAAAUGAUAACUAACAGGACAGUUUGACCAAUUUUUUUUUAAAUAUACUUCCUUUUAUGUGUUCAAUAAUUCAACGCCUUUGGGUCCUUCAUUUCAUUAUAGAUUUGUUCAGGUUUACAAGCCUAUCUUUUAGAUUUGAUAAUCUGCUAGAUGCUCACUGAACCACGGAAGGCCCGGAGUGACGCUCAGUCGGCAGGACAGCACCACAGUCCACCAGAGCACAGCUCGGACGGCGUCUGGCUCCCAGAGCGCAGGGCGCCCGCGGGCCGCCAUGUGCAGGAGGCCAGCUGUGGUCGCUCCUUCCUCUUGCUAUCUCCCUUGGCACAGGAGAAUCAUCUAUCCUUGUUGCUUUAGAGACAUUAACCAUCUCAUCGCCCUUCCACGAGGUCCCAUUCUUCCAACCCAGGACAUGCAGGCGGGGGUUUUCUGACUCUUGGCCAGAGGUCAGUAGAAGAUCCUUUAUUAGAGCAGCAGGGUGUGAAGUGGUUCUGGUAACCUGGGAUCCUGGAGGAAACACCCUCCAGGUCGCUUCUUGUUGGGUAGAUGGCCUCAUUGCUUUGUGCCUCGGCAGGGUGUGCGGGGUGGGUUCUGAGCUGCACGGCUCCUCUUGAAGGACCACAAACAGAAGAUAGCUGGAGACUCCCUUCCAGGCAUCCCCCUCCCCACCCACCGACCCUUAUUAAACGGUGAUUUUUUUUUCUCUCUCUCUCUCUCUGAUGUCCUUUGUCAGUGACCAGAUGAGUUUGCAACUUACCAGGCGUUGAGCGAACGGCCCCUGUUGAGGCCCCACAGCAGGGAGACCAAACCACCAAGCCAGAGACACCCUGGAUGGAGAAGGGAAACCCCAAGAGUUGUUUGGAGCUGUGUUAGGAGUGGUUUAAAUCUAACCAACGCCAAGGCCAGGCAGUCAUUCCCGCGAUGGUACUGACCACAAUCUGGGCUCUUCUCGCUGUGAAAGUGCCCGCUCUACCUCUCUUCCAAUGAAGCACAAAGAAAACUACAGCUAACACAUGGGGAACACCAACUCCCUCCCUCUGCUAGAAAUGGCCACACCCCUCUCAGGCCCUUGAAGGCCACAUCUCCAGAGAUUCCGAUGAUGCCUCUCUUAAGCCCUGUUUACAGAGGCGGAUCAAGCAGAAGAAGAGCAAAGCGAAGCUAGUUCCAAUGUCUAUGGGCCCAGGAUUGAGAAGCACUUAGCGCUCGUCCCCUCUUCUCCAUCAGAGGCGCACAGGCAGGCACGGCUCUUGCCCCCGUGUGGACGGCAGAACCCCUGCACCCAGAGCUCAUUCUGGCAGAACCUCUCAUAGAGGUCAUCUGCUCCAUUCCACUCACAUAGGCCCUCCUCAAAAAUAAUGUCUUUAUGACCCGCCAGAAAAUACUUAAAUUCACAGUAAUUUCCGUACAAAGCUGCUGCUACAUUACAGUCAUCCACUAAGCAAUCAGAGAAAACUACCAAAAAGCUUUGCUGCUUCCAUGCCAUCAGCAAAAUCCCCGCGCCCCCCCCCAUUUUAAAGACCAGAGCAAAUGAUGACUAUUAAAUCUUAUCACUGGUCAACUGAACCAUAUUCCAGCCCCACGCCCCACAGCCAGAAAGGGGGUGUAUUUAAUAUGCAGAAUCUUUUGUUAAGAAGUGUCUUGAUUCUUUUUAAUAAGAUGGUAGUCACUCUGCACGUGCAGCAGGUUCAAUUUUAACACUAAAAAGGAACAUGUCACUCAGUUCAGUUCAGCUGGAAGUUUUCCCGGUGUCAAGAUAAUACAGUAGCUUCUGAAAAUGCAAUUAAAUGUAUCUCCUGUCAGUUGAGAUGGUUUAACAUACUGGUGCAGAGAAGAAAAGAAAUAGGUGACCGACUUCUUGCCAUUUGCAUUCAGAGCCCAUCCUCCGCGUGGGCUCUGCGGCUCCUCCUCCCCACGCGGCCGGCGGCAUCUCACACCGCCACGCCCCCAUGAGCUAGUGGAAACCUCUGACCCCGUUACUGCAGAGGACAGUCUUUGUUGCUUUUCAAAUCACUCGUAGUUACCGGUUCAGUAAGGCUUCGACUUCACUCCUUGAGAAAGUUUAGUCUGCUGAGCCACCAUCGGGGAAACAGGACAGCGGAGAUGGCCGGCGUGGACACAGCCCCUUAGGGACAGGCAGCCUGAAAGCAAACUCUAUUGUCUCCCACCGAUGUGAUGUACUUUUCUUCGUUUCAGGUCAGCCUCUUGGGGCAAAGAGAACAUGCUGCUAAUGCUAGCAAGAUGGUUUUCUCAUUAAUGAGUUCUUAAUUAUAAUGCCUCCCACGCAGCCCCCCCUGGGAAAGGGAAGGCAUCUCGCCAUCGGCAUCCCAAGACAAGCCACUUAGGGUCCCCAUCCCUCCUCCUCCUUGCUUCCUAUCAUCAAAUGCACUUGUAUGUGUGUUAGGGGUGGGGGAGGAGUCUGUUUUUCCAGAACUGAACACAGCUUCCUAAUUCCAUCCUCUUCACAAGGGCUUAAGAUACUGAGGCUAAUUACAGCCUGUCACAGACUGAAGGUCCCUGAGCGCCUUUCUCUGGUUCUGCACCUCUAAUUAACCCUCCUCUUCAAAAGGCAUUCUGCUUCCUGAUGCAGCUUGCAGAAGGGCUACGAGCUUUCUUCAUGAGUCAUUUCAUUCGGGCGAACUCUUCCUCUUCUUACCCCUUUAGAAGUAAGGUUUUCCUCUCCAUUUGAUGUCUCCGCUUAAGGGACUGUGCCCCGCAGGCUUACUGCUCCAUCAGCCUGGCCCACGCCCACUUAUCGGUUUGCCUUAAACCUGGAGCUCUCAGAAGUCUCGGGUCUUCCGGCUUUGUGAAAGAAGCCCGGCUGUGGCCCGCAUCCAGGAAGAGGAAGGAAGGGAGACGAAGGGUAUGUUCACUGGUCCCCAGCCCUGUCAUCUGCUCCUUUCUCUGCCGCUCUUGGGCCACGGAAGGUGGGCAGACCGGCCCACAGGGAGAGGAGCAGGAGGGGCAUGCCAUCUCUAGGACAGGCAGUGCCACAUCUUAGCCCUUCGGAGGCAGAGAAAAUACCCCGCCCCCCACACCUCUCACCUGACCCUCCAUCAACUCUUGAACCUGUGCAAAUGGACGGAGCAAAAGAAAAUGGAAAGAGAUGUUUGUCACCACGUAGGAAGGAGACCUCAUUUCUGGCCCCAAGCACAACUCCAGACCCAUGUCUGCUUAGAGACCCGGUGUCAGGUCCCUUCUCUCUGGCCUGCAGCCAAGGGAAGGUACGCGCACUCCCCGAAGGAGAGGCCUGAGGCUGACCAGCUUGGGGACGCAGAGGACCUGCAGUCUCUUAGGAGUUCUGCUUGGGAGCGGAAAGGGGGGCUCCUCCACAAUGAGCGGCCCCACCUCUGGUUUUCAUUUUGACCAGACCAAGAACUGGGGCAACGGACUUCCAGUCUCAGCUGUGUCCUGGAAUGACGCCCGGGGCGGGGGGCGGGGAGGAGCCAGCGGCCAGACCCACGCGGAGGCCACACCACCCUCACAUGCCGAGGCUGUGGCAUCGUGUUUAAUGGCAAUGCAGGUGUGUCGCCCUUCAAACUCAGUUCUGGGGUUGUUUUGCCUAAAGUUUUGCCAACGUGUUCUUUUUUCUGUAUGUAUAAUUGCCUUUUUAUAAAAGGUUUUGAAGUAUUGUCUCAGUGAUAAAAAGAGAGCGAUGUUAACAGUUGUUGUAUAUUUCACCAUUUCCGAUUGUAAGUAUUUGCAGGGUACAGCAAAGCCUUAGCGCACAAGAGCCUUCGUGCAGGAGGGGUCCUUCGACACCCAGGAGGUGAGGGGAUCGGACAGGUUCGGAUUCUUUGUAAAUGUCCUGCUUUUCUUUCUGUGUGUAUCUAUUUACAUGCCUUAGCACACGCCCUCCCGCCCGGAUCCCUCUGCCCUGUCGCGGGAACCAGAGCACUGGUGCACGGCCAGUUACAGGAGACGGACGGAACCCUCAUCAGUUAUCUCUUGUGUGACGGGGGAGGAAGAGAAACUCCAUAGUAUUCUUUGUAGAAUAUACAUACUUGUAGGAUGCUGUGUAAUGGGAAACCAUAGACUUGGGCUUUUGUCAUUUCAAAGUUGGAGAAAUGUAUGAAUAAAAUGUAUAAAACA